AUGCCUCGAGAACGAUUUUAUCAGAAGUUAGGCCUCGACUUGGUUCAAGCCACUCAAAAUGAACUGGAUUUUCUACAGCAGGUGGACGAAUGUCCAUCGCUUUACAAGAGCUCGGCUCUAAAAAAUGCUAUCAGACGAUAUGAAGUGUUUUGGUUGCCUCUUGCUGCCAGAGAGGGUUAUGGGAGCAGAUUCCUCGCCGCUCCAUUAGAUAUUGCAUGGGUGUGGCACGUUCAUAUGUUGUCGCCGUAUAACUACGAACAAGAUUGCCUCAAUUGUGUCUCAAAAAUAGUCGACCAUGUUCCUCUUGGGGACCUUGAACGCAAACGCGGUUUAGAAAAAGCGAGGUACCUGUGGGAAAGGGAAUACCCAGAUGAGCCGUUUGAAAUCGAUUUAUCUCAAUCACAGAUUGUACAGGUGGAUUGCAACAACUCUAAGAUUCAAUACGAUUUAGAAAGAGGAUGUUACCGCCAGUCCAAAUUCUAUUAUCAAGUAUCUUUGCCUCAUUACAGAGAUGCUAAAUUUCUAGAGAAGGCUGUUGAGCGAUAUGAACACCAUGUUAUGUUCAACAAACAAAAUCCAGAGGUAUUUGUCGUUCCAUGUUACGAUUUCGAUCUUAUU